AUGUCAUUAUCAAGGCGCUUUACUGGCGCACUGGCACCGCUUAUACGCCCAACUGCUGGCCCUCGUCUAGAGAUAUGCCUAGCAUGCAGACAGCGCCUAAGCACCACGAGGCCCAGAGAGGCGGGACAUAACAAAUGGUCCAAGACGAAACAUAUCAAGGCCGUGACAGACAAGAAGAAGAUGGUCGAACGUACAGCCUUUACAAAACUGAUUACAAUGUACUCCAGGAUAGUGUAUGGUGACGACAUUCAGUAUAAUCCAGCACUGGCCGGUGCAAUUGCGGCUGCAAAUAAAGCCAGCAUCCCUAAGGCCCUUAUAGAAGGUGCCAUCGCCAGUGGCCAGGGCAAAUCCACGUCCGGCGCCAAGCUGGAGCCCAUGACAAUGGAGUUCCUCUUGCCGCCCGAUAUCGCUCUCAUAAUCGACAUCGAGACAGACAGCAAGCAGCGCACGCUUCAGGAUCUGAAGCUCGCCGUGAAAAAGGCCGGAGGCAUCACAGGCUCAACCGCAUUCAACUUUGCCCGCCGCGGCCGGGCCGUGUUCAAGCCAAACGACGGCGCGGCGCUUGCAGAUCUGCUGGACGAGGCCAUUGAGCACGACGGCGCGCAGGACGUAGAGGAGAGUGACGAGGGCGGUUAUGUGUUGUGGACGGAGCCGUCGGCGCUGAUGGCCAUCGCCAAGGCCUUUGCGGCCAAGUUUGACCUCGAGCUGCUCGCCGCAGAGAUCGUCUGGGCGCCCAACGAGGAUACCAUGGUGAAACUGGAUUCGGACGAUUCUGCGGCUGCGCUGUCUUCUCUUUUGGCGACUUUGAGGGAGCACUCGGAAGUCAAGGCCAUAUUCGCAAACACCAAGCAAGGACGUGCCUCAGAAGAGGCGUGGGAGGCUGUAGAGAGGCGUCUUGAUGUUUGA